AUGCAGGACGAAAGUUCACACCAUCUGCAGCGCUUGGGCUCCGCAGUCUGCAUCAUCGAACUCGAUGUCGAGGGUAUAGUAGGCACAGGUUUUUUGGGAGUCUUCCCGGAGCGCUUUCCGGGUCUGUUGUUCCUCAUCACAUGCCGCCACGUGCUUCCAGACGAGGCUGCUUGCUGCAAUGCCAUCUGCACCUUCGAGGCAGCGGGCCAGCCGGGGCACAGUCUGACACCGUCACCUGCACUCGGCUUUGCUGCGCUGGCCAGUGCCGAUGUCACCAUCGCCCGAAUCUCCUCCGAAGUCGCUGCGGGGCUGCCGAGAAAUCAAGAGCCUCAGGAGGUGGAAACAGUACAAGAGCCACAGCCUGGCGAGGAUUUGGUGCUGCAUGGCUACUGUCGCGGCAGCCUUUUCCGCAAUUUUCAAUGUCGAGUUCUCGCCGUCAAUGAGCAAAUUCUGCGCUACGCGGUGCUCUGCAGCGACUUGCCAGAGAUGGGCGUUUCUGGUAGCCCGUUAACAAACAGAAGAGGUCAAGCAGUGGCUGUGCAUAUGGGCCUGUCUCGCGAAGGCUCAGGCGUGGAAGGAAGAGCAACGCUCCUCCAAGCUGCAGGACUGCCCUCUUCCUUGCAGCGACCAGCACCAUUGCCACGUCGAGUUUGCGUGGCUGGGCGGCGCGGCACGAAUGACAUACUGAACGGCAUCUACGAGGUGACAUACGUUCUAGCGGAUCACCCCGUCUGGGUCAGCACGGCUACAUCAUCGGAAAAAACCCACGAGGCUCGCCGCCUCUUUCUCUACAAAGGCACCAAGAGCAGAGCCUGGACCGUGGGCACUCGCCUUGGAGAUGGCCUCCUUCGAAGCGAAGGUGGCAUGGGCGGUGUUGUUGCACGCCGUGUCGUUGUGGGUGACGGCGAUGACCCCUCCGAGGUGUGUGUGCUGCCCGCUCUCCGGGGCUGGGAGGUCGCAACAGGCAUGGCCGGGGUUCUUCGUCCAGACGGCGAGGUGGUUUUGUCACCCAUGAGCGAGGCCACAUUUGCUCAGGCACGACUUCACUUUUCAGCUUAG